GCGCACGGAGGGAAGGAAGGGGAGACGCGGAGGAGGAGGAGGAGGAGAAGGAGGAGGAGGAGGAGGGUUUCCACAAGAACAGCUCUCCCUAAUUCGAACAUCUUCACCGAGCACUUCAGAUUCUGCCGGACAAACAACUAUCGCGCAGAAAGAAAGAUAGAGAGAGAGAGAGAGAAAAAUUACAAGACUGGAGGACUAUUUAGCAAUAAACCGGAUACACUGACAUUCCUGGUCAUCCACAGAAAAAGGAGAGAAAAUUGUCAUUUCGGUGUUCUCAAAGAUUUCCUGUAUGAAACAUGGCCAGAAGGAUUACCUGUUUUCCAUCAUUUCUGUCUGGAAUAUGGAUACUUGCUUUGGUUAUAGCCUUUCUCGCACAUCCAGGAUCUGGAAGGCACGAUGCUGAUUUACCAGAUGAUGGCAAAGAUAACAUCACAAUUUUUACACGAAUCCUUGACAGACUUCUGGAUGGAUAUGACAACAGGCUACGGCCAGGUUUAGGAGAAAGUGUAACAAAGGUUGCCACUGAUAUUUAUGUAACCAGCUUUGGACCUGUUUCAGACACAGACAUGGAAUAUACAAUUGACGUCUUCUUCCGGCAACGGUGGAAUGAUGAGCGUCUGAAGUUUAAUGGUCCAAUGAAGAUUCUCCCACUAAACAACCUUCUGGCAAGCAACAUCUGGACACCAGAUACAUUUUUUCAUAAUGGGAAGAAAUCAGUAGCGCAUAACAUGACGACACCUAAUAAGCUACUAAGACUGACAGAAAAUGGAACCUUACUCUACACUAUGAGGCUAACAAUACAUGCAGAAUGUCCGAUGCAUUUAGAAGAUUUCCCCAUGGAUGCCCAUGCUUGUCCUUUAAAAUUUGGAAGCUAUGCCUAUACAAAUUCUGAAGUUGUUUAUACAUGGACCCAUGGGCAAGAGAAAUCAGUUGUGGUAGCAGAAGAUGGUUCGCGAUUAAAUCAGUAUGAUUUACUAGGUCAUGCUGUUAGCUCUGAAAUAAUCCGAUCCAGUACAGGAGAAUAUAUAGUAAUGACAACGUAUUUCCAUCUGAAAAGAAAGAUUGGGUAUUUUGUGAUUCAGACAUACCUGCCUUGCAUCAUGACGGUCAUUUUGUCCCAGGUUUCCUUCUGGCUGAACAGAGAAUCUGUGCCUGCUCGCACUGUUUUUGGUGUCACCACUGUCCUUACAAUGACAACCCUGAGCAUCAGUGCAAGAAAUUCUCUACCCAAAGUCGCAUAUGCGACUGCCAUGGACUGGUUCAUGGCUGUGUGUUAUGCCUUUGUUUUUUCAGCACUAAUCGAAUUUGCAACUGUAAACUAUUUCACAAAACGGAGUUGGGCAUGGGAUGGAAAAAAGGCUAUGGAGGCACAUGAGUUCAGGAAAAAGGAUUCUGCUCCACUUUCAAAGAAAGCCAAUAACACAUACAACAUUGUUGGGACAACCUAUGCCAUCAAUAUUGCUAAAGAUCCUGGCUUAUCUACAAUUUCUAAGAGUGCAGCAGCUCCAGUGAAAAUACAACGAAUUGAAGAAAAGUCACCAGAAAGCAAGAAAACCUACAACAGCGUUAGCAAAGUUGACAAAAUGUCUCGUAUUGUAUUCCCUGUCCUUUUUGCAAUUUUUAACCUGGUUUAUUGGGCAACAUAUGUUAACAGAGAACCGAUAAUUAAGGGUUCAAGUCCCCAAAAAUAAAAAUAAAAAACUGUCAAAAGCAGCUGGAUUUUCAAGGCCAAGUGUUGUCAAAAAUCCUUUUAUUUCUUUAUACCGCUAAACUGUUUAUUAGAGUUAUAUAUGAAUUUUCCUUUAUUCUCUACAGGAAAAAUAAUCCUUCACAAAUUACUGUGAUGAUUAGAAAGCAAAAAUUGACAAGAGUAAAGUGGCAGCUUUUUUUUCUGUGUGUGUUUUAAAAAUACAAAUAAGGUAGGUCAAGAUCUAUGAAGUUAUCCCAAAAUAAUACAAAGAAUUUUUACUUCUCUCUAGGCAGCAAUGAAGCGUUUUAGUAUACAGUAAUCUGAUAUUUAAUAUUUGAAAGUGCCAAUUAAGGGAUGUGCUUACUGACUUAUUUAAACAGUGCCAUAUGCCAGCAUAUAUUGCAUCGCAAAACACUGCUGCUGUUAUUUCAUGCCUCAAAAAUAAAUGCAGUGCUCAACAACACUCAGUAAUUGUUGGUGUAAUGUUUCGUGAAGUGGUCUCUUGGAUUUGCAUUUUAUUCAAAUCCUAUAACAGUAAACAGCUAAGAAAAUGCAGAAAAACAGUGUUAUCCUAAUCAUAUAAUCCAAAUCUUUUGGUUGGUCAUAUAAUAAAAAAUGUUAACUUUUAAGUGCAGCAUUGGCUGAUACUGUGGAGUUUAUUCACAUAAUUUCAUCCACAUAGUCUGAGUAAUGCAUGUCCAUGCAAUGUGAAGAGCUAUUUAAUUGAAUGAAAGGCCUCUCGACUCUUAACUUCAGUUAAGUCCUGUUUAUUGGAUAGUAUACCUAUUAUAUAUUUAUUUUCAUCUUGGAGGAACCAGGCAGGAACCAACUCUAAAUAUACUUACAGAAGACUGUAAAUGUAGAAGACAACACUUUAGGGAAACCAAUAAAACUAACUUGUGAGUCUUUAUGAUCUCAAAGGCAUCCAGAAUGACUCGAAAAAAUGCCUGAAAAUACUUUGAGAAAGUGCAAAUUUCAAACAUUCAAUGGCUGGCCUGUGAAUUUAAAUUCAGAGGCCUGGAGCAAGCCAGCGACCAAAGGUACUGCCACGCAGAUUUACAAACAUACACAUGGAGAGGUACAUAAUAUGCAUUGCCUUGGAAAAGAAUUUAGAUCCCGAAAAAAUGCUUUUGUCCCAGACAUUUUUAGUGUAAAGUCAAAUUAGAACCAAUUCUUUAAAUGUUAUUUGUAAUCCCAAAUCAUUUGAAAAUUUUGAAUACUCUUACAAGGCA